AUGGAAAACAAGGUUUUAAUUCAGUACAACCACACGGAUCCCUGCUCAUUUGCGCGUUGGACUACCAAAGAAUGCUUCCAGUUCAUGUCUGCCAGGCCAUGGCAACAAGUUAUGGAUUUUUAUUCGGAUGUGGUGAAGGACCGCAAGCCCUUAUCAGCGUUGUUGGGCAAAGCUUGUUUGAGUAAGAGUAACAUUUACAAUAGGCUAGAGAGUCUACCGCCAUCUCAAGAUAAGGGUGGGAGGUGGGCACGACUAACAUUCAAGAUUGUUGUUUCGUAUCAUGGUGGUUCCUUUGAUGGCUGGCAAAGGCAGCCAGGCCUCAACACUGUUCAAAGUGUGGUGGAAAAAUCUCUGGGAAAAUUUGUUGAUGAGAGGAAAGCGCAGAUGCUGAAAGACAAAGGUUUGCCAUUAGAAGGCGCUGCUCUUGUUGCCGGACGUACUGACAAAGGAGUGACUGCCGUUCAUCAAGUUUGUUCUUUUUAUACUUGGAGAAAGGAUGUCAAAUCUCAAGAUAUUACAGAUGCCAUCAAUAGUGCAGCACCAGGAAAACUCAGGGUCAUAUCCGUUACUGAGGUAUCACGUGCCUUCCAUCCCAAUUUUACUGCCAAAUGGAGGCGUUAUUUAUAUAUAUUUCCAUUUAAUGAUGAGGAGGACAUGGAGCAAAGUAAUCAGAGUGGAGAGAAUGUUCAAAAUUUUAAGAGUAAAGAAAAUUAUCAUGAGCAUAAAAAUGGAUGUGAUCAAUGCAAUGAAGCAAAUGUUGGAAACUUAGUUAUCAACGAUAAUGAAGACCUUGAAACUCUGAAACCUCGGGAAUUCACCGUAAGCAGGGUGAACCAACUUUUACAGAAACUAGAAGGAAAGUUAUUAUCGUAUAAGAUGUUUGCACGUGAUACCAAACCAUCCAGAAAUGAGGGUCCGCCAACAGAGUGUUUUCUCUACCAUGCUCGAGCAAAAGAAUCCAAACUACCAUGUUCAGAGCAUGAGAAAGGAAGAAGGGUUAUGUGUAUUGAACUUGUUGCUAAUCGAUUCUUACGCAGGAUGGUUCGGGUUCUUGUGGCAACCUCAAUAAGGGAAGCGGCUGCAGGUGCAGAUGAGGAUGCAUUGCUAAAGCUGAUGGAUGCUACAUGCAGACGUGCCACUGCUCCCCCGGCACCCCCUGAUGGUUUAUGUCUUGUUGAUGUGGGUUAUGAAGAAUUUGAUCCAAAAGAUUGCCUCAUCUUGAAAGAGUGA